GGGAAACACUCGACAGAAACGAAAGCAAAUGUUUUAGCGUCGCUUCUUCCAGGAGGAACGCUUCGCGAAGCGAGAUCUGCGCGACUAUGGCAAGUGAUCGAGCGUUGCCUUUUUAUAUCUGCCUUGCUGACGGGGAUUCGUGGAGCAAAUGCUGGGUCUUCUGAAGCUCCCUAGAGAUGAUGGCUCUUUGGAAAGACGCCGAACCAGGAGCGUUUCCCCGGGGUGGAGUAGUCGCGUCUCUAGCGCCCUCCGAUAUUUCCCUUCCUCUGUAGUUACACCAAAUGGCCAAACAGGUUCUGUGCCCGUGUUUCCCAAUUUUCAGUGUUUAUACUACAUUUUUUUAGAUUUGCCUUGAAAGAGUCUUUAAACCUCUUUUGUUGACCAUUACGCUUUCCAUUUUUAAGUUCGGAAUAGAGUAGUUGCUUUGGAAGACGAUAAUCGGGCAUCCGCACAAGUCCAACGAAGUGGAUGUUGAAGAAUCAUUACUUCAACACUGGUGAUCUUUGCUUCUUCCACUACACUGGCAUUAGUUCGCCAGUGGGAGAUCUCCAGUGGCGGAGUAUGUUCCAUCUUAGCAAAUGCUUGGGUUUGGUUUUUUUAAAUCACACCUUAGACGCAAUAGAAUGAUAAUCUGCAUCUGCAUAAACUAAUUUUAAACCUAGAUUGUUGACAAACUUAUUUUUUCCAGGAGCUCUUGAGCUCCAUGUUUUUAUGACGUGCACUCAGGAAACUUUGUUUAAUGGGCCUCUUUUGGUUUCAUGCAUUGCCUCUGGUAAUUUGAUAGGCGCCUUUAGCUACCUUAGCAACUGUUUGUGAUCAGUAUCGCUUGGUUUUUCACUAGCAUGAUGCAUCAAAAGACCAUUGCAUAUAUUUCUGUCCUUGGCUUAUCCAAAAAGGUUUUAAAAGAUAUAUCCAUCUCCAGUACCAGGUUGGCUUGGAAAGCACUGCAAUAAAACUAUGGACAUAAGUUGAGGGCCCUUUGAGCAGGAGCGUGCAGAAGCUAGAUAAGUAUCUGCAGGGAUUUUCAGUAGAUUGGUUUCUGACUCCCAAUUGUUUAACAAUAGCAACAACAAAAAAGAAGUUGUUUUUUUUACCAGUGGGCAUUCUCAGACACAUAUUAGCAAAUUCAAGGCUGCACUGUUAAGGAAAAACUGGGCUGUUUGCAAUAAGGUAAUAGAUGGGGAAAUAGGUGAUGUGUGGUAACAGUUGCUUGAGACAUUCAGGUAUAGAGCGGUAUACAAAUUUUAUUAAUAAUAUCAAUCAUAAUAGCUUGAUUCAACAUCUUACCUCUCUGCAAACAAGUCAGCUGACAUCGUUUAACCUCCUUGCAAAUUUUAGUCAACCUGAUCAGAUUGAAUGGUAAAUAAGCACAUCCGGAAGUGACCUAAAUUAAGAGAGUUGAAAUGAAGCAUAGGCAACCUGGCCGCCUUACCUCCCCCUUUCUGUCUCUGAUGGAUGGCAAUAAAGGAUGCAGUGAACAAUUUCCCUUCAUCACUGAUGAACUUUAGGCUAAUGGCAACGGUGACGAGUUAGUAAUCACAUUUGAAUCUCACACUUUCUCCAACUAACUCAAGAGUGGUGUAGCCCCACAGCCACACUGUGUAGUAGGUUAGGUUGAGAGAUGGUGCAUUGUCCAAAGCAAUUCAGUGAGUUUAAUUGCUGAGUGGAAAUUUGAACCUGGGUUUCCAGCAGCCAGUCCCAGCAAGCUAACCACUGCAUCCCAGUUGCUACCAGCAUCCCUUUGUCGUUCCCUUGCUUUCAGUGGAAAAAGAUUCUCACAGUGGCCUGCGUAUGUAAGAGCAAUAACCAACAAGGCAGUUUGUUGCAGUCCUUUGUUUUCGGGGUUGCCCCUGGUUGCCUUCUGCUCCGCAUGCUUUUCCUGUACAUAGAUGCUUCCUAUUCUCAGGCCCCUCACUGACCCGCUGGGCAGUCAUUUAAAUAUAUAUAUAUAUAUAUAUAUAUAUAUAUAUACGUAGUUGUGUUUCUGCAUUCUUGCAUACUUAGGUAACGUUGCUGCAAUGUGCUUCCUCACCUCCCCCCGCCCCGAAAAGGUGUGCAGGUAUGCUCCAGUUCUGAUAACCAAGAAGUAUCUGGAUUGUGAGAGAGAAAUAAAUUUCUAUUGUUAGGGAUGGGGGAAAAAAAUCUGGGCGAGGAAUCUUGGAAGAUAACCAAGAUGAAGGGCAUUGUGGAAUGUUAAGACUUCCAUUGCAUGCGGUGUUAGAUAUGAAAGCUAGGAACUAAAUGGCACCUUAAACCUAGGUUAUGGGUGCAACAACAGAAUGUCUAGGCGCACAAGAAUACAAAGCUGAAAAUGAAUGAACUGCAGCUAAAAUAUUAUGCUCAUUUUUCACAAGGUCUAGUCCUUUCCCUGCCCACUCCUCUAAUUUUCUUAAGAGGGUCUCUUCUCCGGUCUUCAGAGAGUAGCUGGAAGUGGGGAGGCAGAAAAAAGUCCUCCUUUCCUUCCACUCUGCAGUUUUAAUCUGAAAACGUAGGCUCAGUACUGCGCCCAGAGCUCAGAAACCGCUUGCACUAAUGAAAUUCCCUGUUGCGAAACACGUCUAGAACAAUGGGAGUUUCGAACACUGGUUGCAUGGGAGUUAAUUCCUGGUCAUUGAGGUACUUUUCCACAAAAAUGAGUUGGACGCAAGUGGGGAAAGGAUGUAGGAUGAUGUGUGGACGGUACAAGCUACUUGUGGUACUUAUGGGUACAGAUUCCAUGAAGCACAGCUAAUGCAGACAUAUACUUAGAGAGAGCAGAAACCAGCAAUCAAUCUUAAAGGUUUCCAGCAUAUUGGAUCAAACUCUGCAGAGAGUGGAUCAUUUGCAUUAUCCAGCUGUGUAAGUAACCCAAAGGACAAACUGCAUGGCAAUGCUAAUACUAAUUUUACUGCGUGACUGUUGGCUACAGAUAACUGCUACUGCUUAUGCCUCUUUAUAAGAUUAGAGCUGCCACAUGGGAAGUUUGGAGGGCACAGUAUAUGGUAAGCAGGGCAUUUCAUUCCACCUAGAAUAUCCUCAUUGAAGAGCUAUUGCACUUCAUUUACAUUGCCUCAAGAAAGCUCCAAAAACUUUCCUUCGUGUUUCUCAUCACUCUUUAACUUGUUUUGCAUUCUUUCUUCAGCUCAAGGAUUCAUCAAUUUUAGGAGGGUAUCCAGUGUUUGUUUUUUUGUUUGUUUUUUAAAUAUACUUUUUUAAAGGAUAAGCAUAGUAAUAGGAGGAGAGGUGUUGACAUGUAGAACCAGUCUGGCUAUAGAUUUGAUUUUUUAUUUUUAUUUUGCCUCAAAUGUGCCCUGGCUUAUUUUUUGGCUUUUCAUAUAUAUUCCUGCACUUGUGUAGGUUUUGAUGGUUAGUGGCAGUAAAUCUUGUCAGAGUUUGCACUGGAAUGUAUGUGCACUCCAUUGUAGAGUUUUGCUUGCUUAUUGGAGAGAGAAUGGAUAUGGUGGGUAUGUCAAGCCUGGCAGACUAGUUUUCCCUAUCUCUCUGGCUUUUCUGACUUUAAGGAUUGCCAGCUCUGAGUAUGACUGACCCGAGUCCUCUGGUAUGAUCCGAAGGGGUUCCGUCCUUCCGUCCGUUUGUCUGUCCACCUUUCCUUCCUUCUUUCCUUUUACCUUUCAUCAUUCCCAAGGUAAGGGAUGGGGCCAGAGAUGCAGAGAACGUGUCAUUGAGCCAUCUGGGCCACCGCAUGGAGGUGGAGGGUCAAGGAGGUGUUGGGAGGGAGGGAGUUUGCUGGUCUUGGCAUUACAGUCAUACCUCAUGUUACGUCCGCUUCAUGUUACGUUCUUUCAGGUUACGUCCCGCGGCGACCCAGAAGUACUGGAAAGGGUUACUUCCGGGUUUUGCCGCUCGCGCAUGCACAGAAGCACAAAAUGACAUCACGCGCAUGUGCAGAAGCGGCGAAUCGCAACCUGCGCGUGUGCAGGCGCGCCGCUGCGGGUUGCGCUCUUUUCAUGUUGUGAACGGGCCUCCGGAAUGGAUCCCGUUCGCAACCAGAGAUACCACUGUAGACUUUUUGUGCUCAACUUGUGUGCCCAAGCACAUGAGCUACAUGGAGAGGUGAGAAAGGAAUUUUUCUGCUGCUCCCCCGCCCCCCAGGUAUGAAGACUUUCAAUAGAAAGCCAGUAAAAGGCUGGAAGACCCCUGGAUGCAUGCCAGGCAUCAAGAUGCAUGCCAGGCAUCAAGAUAUUGCAGGAGAAACAAACCUAUGUGUGGAAUAUGCUAGCUUUAUUUGAAAACCCAGGGUAUAUAUGGGUAGGGGUAGUACCUCUGGUGGGGGCAGUUGGUCCGACCACCUUUGGUUCCCACCCUGCACUCAGCUCUCACCUGUGGCCCCAGGUAGGUCACUUUGAAGCUGCUAACACAGUGGCUUGACUUCACCCCUGGAAGCGGACUCCAUAGUCUCUUGAGACAGAUGGAUGACAACAACAGCAAUUGAUUACAGCCGUUUCUAGCAUUCACCUUGGCCUCCCUCCCCACACCCUGGUUUUCUGACUGGUAUCAAUAUAUUUCUCAGAGAGGGAAAAAUUAAAAGCAGCCCAAUUUUCUUCUGUCAGCUGCCAGACAACAACAGUGGGGGAAGAGGGAAAGCUAUUUUUCUAGGAGGGGGUUUUAGGGUAUGGAAAGGAAAUGCCCAUAAAAACCUGUGAUUAAAAAAAUAAAUCUGCUUCCUUUCCCAGCGCUUCUAAUACUGGGUAGCUUUAGCACACUCCGGAAUCAAAGGUUUUGUGUCCCUUUUGUAGGAAAUGCAUACUUUUUUGUGCAUUCUGCAAGCACACGAUAAAGAAGAUUCGGUUCAUUCUGCAGUCCUUUAGGAGAAAGGGAUAUUUAGCAUGAAGCGUGUUAAAAAUAGUCCUUGCGUCGUCUUGGAUUAAAAGUUUGCGGAUAAGGUUGCUGAGCUGUCCGUUUGAGUCUGCUUCUUCACUCCUUUUAGAAAUAGGAGACAGUGAUGGUAAUCAUAGUUCUGAUUUCUUGUCAUUUUAUAAUAUAUUUUUUUAAAAAAGAACCCUCCUACAGCAGUGCUUGCAGGCUGUAGCACAACUGCGCUGCCCUGUCUCCUUUCUGAAGCAGUAACCCAAGGAAUAGACAUUAAGUGCAUUGUACAGAGAUUUGAUGCAAAGCUAGCUUAGGUUGCAAGAUGUCAGCAAUUAUUGACAGUUCUUCCUAUCAUCGUCUUAACACUGGCACACCAAAUUAUGUGCAAAAUGAUCUGCUACUCCAUACAUACUAAAGCCAUGUCACUCCUGAUGGGGAAUGGUGAGAUUUACUGCUUUUAAAAUAAUAAUAAUAAUAAUAAUAAUAAUAAUAAUAAUAAUAAUAUAAUCUGACUCCCCUUUGCAAACCAACCAAGUAUUUGGUGUCUGUUUAGUGUCUGAGGUACAAUUUUCUAUUAUAGAGUAAGGCCUAUAGUGUUGCCUAGGCUGUGAAACUCCACACCCAACGUGAGAGAUCUUCAUCACCAUAGUUUUAUCAUCCUCAUCAUCAUCCUCAUCAUCUCUAAAGACUGUUUUAUUUCAUCAUGGUUUUCAAUUGGUUUGUUUGAUGCCUUUGGGUAGAAAAGCAGCCGGUAGGUACACAUUUUAGAAAAGUAGCCAGGGAUUAGUUCAUUCAGUGUUGAAACUAUGUGCUACUCUUGCAGAGUGAGACCAUUCUGUUUCAUGGCUACAAUAAUAAUAAUAAUAAUAAUAAUAAUAAUAAUAAUAAUAAUUUAUUACUUAUACCCCGCCCAUCUGGCUGGGUUUCCCCAGCCACCCUGGGUGGCUUCCAACAGAAGAUUAAAAAGAUAUUAAAACAUCAGUCAUUUUUUAAAAAAAACUUCCCUAAACUGGGCUGCCUUCAGAUGUCUUCUAAACAUCUGAUGGGAGGGCAUUCCACAGGGUAGGAGCCACUACUGAGAAGGCCCUCUGCCUGUUUCCCUGAAACUUCACUUCUCGCAGUGAGGGAACCGCCAGAAGGCCCUCGGCGCUGGACCUCAGUCCUAUGGACUGUUUUUUUUGGAACUGAUGAGAACAAUUUUUUUUUUCUGAAUAGGAAUUAGGCCAAAAGGCAGUUCUGAGGAAAAUUUUAUGUGUGCAGAACAGUGAGACACUUGUGUUUCGGUAUUUCAUGGAAUGAAGUCUAUAGCGGGAGUGAGUGUUAAUUAUUUUGUUUUAUUUUAUGUUUCUUUAAAGCACAACAUCCGUUUCAUGUCAACAAUACGAGCAAUACAAUUUCCUCAGCAGUUUGUACUUUCUGUAUUAAAAGGCCUGUAAAAAUCCCCUCUUUUUAAAAAAAUUAAGUACUAUGGCAUCACAAAUUUACAAGCAUCGCUAUGCCACUUUACAGAGGUGGGGGCUGAAUUGAAUCAAAUGAAUAAUAAGAAUACACUUGCUGUUUAUACAGCAUUCAUCCUGAUUUCUUUGGAUGGAGGUUAUACGCCUUCUCAUCAAUCAAUUGUUAUCCCACACUUUCUAGAACAGCUGUUUGUCGCUACCCUUAUUGCAUGUAGUCCUCCCUAGUUCCAUUAACGAAAGCCCGGACGAGGACUCCUGAUAGCACAAUAAGACUCCCAUCCUCAUCCCACAGUCUCCCCCAAAUUUGCUUGGGGGUUCAGGAGAACCUGCAGACCAGCAUGUGACGGAGUGAUUGUUCAGUCAAGCAAGCUUGCACCAAUGGAGCACUCUCCUUAGAGCUAUGUUGAAUCCCACCCUUUGUGUUUGAGUGUGUUUGUUGCACCACACCACUUCCAUCCACUUUAAUUGGGCAAACUUAAAUUUGGCAGUGGAUGCGACUGAACCCCUCCUUAGUGACAAUCUGAAGGGGGGUGGGGCGCAGACCUGUCGCUUUCAGUGUCUCUUGCGUUUCUUCAUAGGCCACCGCACAAGCUGCCAAGCCAAAAAGAACCAUUGUGGUCUGCGGUGUUCCAGAUGGCCUCCUAAGUGACGACGUCAUGGCCGACAUAUUAAUGAUUCAUUUUCAAAAGGGAAAGAAUAAGGGUGGCGAUGUGGAGGAUGUUGCCUACCCGACAUCAACAAAAGGAGUGGCAUAUGUAACAUUUGAAGAUGAACGAGGUAAUGUCAGAGGAAGGAAAUUAGAAUUUUGGGUCCUUAACCGUAAAGCGGAAUUCUUGCUCUGUAAAACUCCUGCGUUCUUGACGUCUUGGCUCGGCGUACUCUGGGUUUGAAACCUCUCACAGUGUAUAAGGUUGCCUGCCAUUCGUCAGACACAUAAAUGCAGCGAGGCUUUAGAGAGAGAGCAUUUGCGUGGGUGUUUUAAACUACUCGCACAAGAAUGAAACGUAUAGUACGCUGCCUGGCAGAUGAAAAAAUUGCAGCUAAGCCUCGGGGGGAGUAAAAUUGCUGCCAAUUAAUCUUCUAAAGAGACAGGCUGCCGUCAUUCUCCUCGGAACAAUUUUUGCGUGGUGCAAAAAAAGUAUCGGGAGACAAGUAUCGAACACUGGGGGCGGGGGAAGGAAUCCCAGAGGAAAACUACCAAUGAGAGGGACCCCCCCUUCCUCCCCCAAAAUCGAGGUAUUUCGGGAAUUGGGUUGGCAACAAAGCAUUCUGACUUUUACUUCUUUCUACAAGACAAAAUCUGAAUUCCUUCUCAGAUGCAGAAAAUGUUCUCAGGAAAGGUGACCACUGCCUAGAGGACAAGAGGCUGCCUGUGGGUUAUCCCUUGAAAGUGUCGUCAUAUGGAAAAAGUGUAAGUUACCCCAGCUCGACUUUUCUUCUUCUUCUUAGAAUCUCCAGCCUUGCAGUUGUUUAUUUUAUUUAUUUGUGAAACUUGUUAGUCACGUCUCACUUGAAGGUCUCCAACUGACUUAACGCUAAAUAAAAACAUGCACAUACAUAGAGAGAGAGAAAUGGGGGCGUGGGGGAAGUUGUGAAGUGGCAGGUGUCACCAAGGAGCUCUUUUUUGUCAGGACCAUUGCUCUUUGUUAAAUUUCAGCUGAGAUAACAAUACAGCACAGUGAAUGUUCACGUCAUUGUGUAAAUAAUGAUAACAGUAGAUCUGUUCUCCAUAGAACUUACAGUCUAAUGUUUCACAGAGAAGGGGCAACUGAGGAGUUGAGCGAUGGGAGUGAUGAGUAGAUUAUCAAUGGCUACUGACCAUAAUGGCUAUGUUCUACCUCCCGAUGUCAGGCAGUGUUUGUCCCCGAAUGCCUGGGAACCACAAGUGGGUAGAGUGUUGUAGCACUUAGGUUCUUGUUUUGGGCUUCCCAUGACAUCUAGUUGGGCACUGUGAGAACAGUGCUUCUGGACUAGAUAGGGCAGUCAUCGGAUCCAGCAGGGCUCGUCUUAAGUGUAAUAAGGCAUCAGUGUAAAGAAACGCACACAGGUGCCUGUAACCUAAAAGUCUAGUGUUGCCUUUCAGUUAUGAUCUCUCUCUCUCUCUCUCUCUCUCUCUCUCUCUCUCUCUCUCUAGAUUUUUACCUGCGUGACAUGCAUCCUCAAUUUGUCCCCAUUUGGAGAGAAAUACCACUUGGAAAGUCUGGUGCAAGACUUCAAGAAGAAGUUCCCAAAUUUGAGCUUUGGGCCAUUACAAUCUAACGGGCUAAUAAGUGUACAGGGUCCAUUUUUAGCCAUCAGUGCCCUCCAAAAGAAUAUCUUAUUAAACAUAAAGCAUUCCCUUUCAGAACAACAUGUUGCAAGAAAUCUGAAAGCAUCAGAUCACAGGCCUGGUACAAGACAGGCAAACAGUGGAUUAUCCUCAGAGCUGAAAAAUAAUUUUGUGCGAAAUGAAAGCAAGGAGGAGGGACUAACUGUUGCCCUUGACACCGAUACAUAUCUCUACAUGAUAACAUUUAGAGACGAGUUUUACCAAAGGAUUCUAAAAGAAUGUGGUGUUACUAGUUAUGCAGCUGAAGAUGGGGAGGUCACCACCAUAUAUCUAAAGAGUGGCAAAACAGAACCAGGUUCCAGACCGUUAAGAUGUGCAAAAGAUAGGGUUGAAGGCUUGUUGGCAGAAUUAUAUGGCUUUCUGCGUAAAGAAAGAUUGUCACAUGAAAUGUCCAACAACUCUGAGAAGCGGAGACGUGAGCGUGCAUGUGAGAUGUUAAGGAGCCAGUAUCCAAACGUUCUGGUUCUACUAUACCCAACUUACAUUGAUAUUAUAGGAUCCUCCUUAGACAUUUAUGAGUUUGCAAGACAAGUAAAUAAAAUGAUGGGAAAUGUCCCCAGAGAACCUUGGAGAUAGGCAGCUGGUUAUUUUGAUCUCUUGAGGGCAGACCUAGAUUUUCUGUUCAGCACAGGAGCUGCCACCAAAAAUGGCAACCUUCUGUUGUGUUCUCUGCUUGUAACAUUUUAUGCACACUUGGUAGUGUUGUGUUGUUGUUGUAUCGUCCGUUUCCACAUCAGUGGUCAACAGAAGUGGUAAAAUGGCACAGGGCAAGUGGCGAUAAGGAAAAGUGAAAACUUUACACAAGGCUUGUUUUUUGGUAGAAGUACUAUGUUGACCAUAAUGGCUAGUUCUACACUGACAAUAACGUGAGCUGAAACAUAUUGACAGUAACAGUGAAAGGACAGCUGCUGCCUAAUGGAAAAGCUGAAAGUAGAACAGUUUAGCAGUUUGUGGGUUUUUUAGUCUAGAUGUGACCUUUUCAGUGUCUCCCUCAGGAUUUCAACACACUACUUAAUAGAGCGGUUUUGCUUUCUGAAAGUUUUUGUUUCCUCCUAGCCUUUUUCUCUGGUCAAAACGACCCAUCAUUCUCAGCAAGUUCCUGCUCACUUGAGAGCUUUCUUCAGUGGUCCUGUUAUAUAGAAGGUGAUGUCAUAGUUUAGUGUGGACAGCUGAAGCUGUUUUCUGUGUUUGACAAUGAGACCUGGAAACAAGAGAUUUCUUCAUGAUGUAUAUAGUAAAGUAUCACCGGAUUAAAGCUGGCUCUGUUGGUCAAUUUGUUUCACGUUAGUCCUUUUUGUGCAUCGACAGUUAAACAAAACUGGAGCUGUAUCUCUCAUACCAUGAGUUUUAUAGCGCAGGGGUGGUUAGCCCACGGACCCCUCUCCCUUGUCGCUAAGGUUACAGCUCCUACCAUCCUGAGUGUUGGCCAUGUUCAUGGGUAGUGAUGGGAGUUUCAACAACAUAAGUAGCUGUCUCAGUAUCUGAUCAUUGGUUCAUGCAGGCCAGAGUUAUCAACACUGGCAAGAGCUCUGCAGGGUUUUCAGGCAGCGGUCUCUUCUAGCCUUUUAAAGGAAGGCUUUUGCUCUGCCCCUUCCCUUUUCCCGACUGCUAAUCCAGAACUGAAAGAAAUGUGGAGGGACGUGCUGUUUUACUAAAGGGAUUUGCUGGGAGGUCAUUUCAAGGGAAAUUGUUGAGGAGCUGGAUAUGGGUCUCCACCCAGCCACCCUGCCUCUCGUUUAUAGAGUAAGUCUCCAGGAAAAAAAAGUUUCUGAUUUGAAAUUUAGGCACUCAAAAUAUGUGAUGGUGAUGAAUUGCAUGUGUGAAUUGGUUCCAAUCAAGAUUCCAAUUGAAAAGGAAUGUGACUGGCCUGAUAUGCAAUUAACCAGCACAAUAAAAUCAAAAGGCCCAGAGCAUUUGCAGGGACUUAAAUAUGAUGGGGAUUUUUCCCCCCAGGAAGAAAAUGCAUCUUCUCUCAACUGCCUGCAUCUGUUCCCUAUAGAGGGCAUUUGCAAGUUAAUAUUACUCAUGACAUCACUGGAAAAGGUGUACAGGGAUUCCCAGACCUGUCUAGAGCUGUUCAGGGCCCUGGAAUAGACAAAACUGCAUUUGUCCCCUGCUAUGACUCUGUAUGACUAUGAGAAACACCAUGAUUUUUAGUCUGCUUUGAGGAACUACCAGGAAAAUCUAUAUGGAGAAUUAGUCUGUAUUGAUACAUGGCUCGUGAUGCUCUUUUACACCAAGGGUGAAUUUGACUCUUCUUUUCUCUGCUGUUCACUAAAGAAGCAUAUAGCCAUCUGGCAAAGGAACACAGGGAAGGAAGGCUGGGACAUUGCAAGUGUCAUAAAAACAAAAAGCACAAGAGGGAGCCAAAUACCGUCCAGCUCACAAAAUUUUUCCCAGCUCGCAAAACCCGAAUCCCUAUACAGUAGAUGUUCAGCUAAAUCCUUGUACAUUUGGAAGAUCAUUUCUCCUCUGGAGCUGCCACUAUGUAAAGUGCUGAAGAGGGAAAUUGUGUAUAUACUGUAAUUAAAAGUACCUUCCAAUGGAGACAGUACUAUCCAGUCAAAAAGAUCUUGUCUUUUUAUGCAUGUUGUAUCUACAUGUUAGGUGAAAGACAUGAGCGCCUUCCAAGAUUGUAUUUGGUUCUUGUAUUUGCAGAGGGGAAUUGCCAUGAGCACACAUAUUCUCUGGAAAAGGUUACGCUCAGAAAUUCAGGCAGUGAUCCUAAACUCACCUAAUGAAUUAUGUUGAACUUGGGGCUUAUUUCUGAGCAAACAUACUUCGUAUUGCACUGUUUGCAACAACCCCUGUGAGAUACUUGUGAAACUGGAUUGUAAGAGAUUCCUGCACAUAUAAUAGCACACAAACAGUAUGAAGAGAGGAAAGGUCCUAUAAAAAGACUUCCUUUCCUCAAUGCUCUAUUAUGUUAGGUGCCUGUGUUUUUGAUAGUUGUACUCCACAAUCCUCAUGUCUGUUCAGGAGCAAGUUCUAUUGAACUCAGUAGGGCUUACGCCCUGGUGGUACAUGCCACUCCAUUCUCUGUGUUGCAAGAGAUCCCAGGGGUUCUGAUUCCUUAGAAUGAAGGUUGACAGAGACUGUGGUGUAUUUAGGACAUAGGGUUUUUUUUACACAUGUAUAUAACUGGAACAUAAGAUGGAAGGGCCCAGAGCAUUAACGCCCGGGCAGAUCUUCCUUCUCCAUUAGUCACAGCUUUGGUUUCCAGCUUGCUGACACACAACUCUCUGACUUUUGUUCUCCUACCUAGCAGUUAGCUGUGAAGGAGGGGAGGGAGGACCACCCGUUUUUAUGACACCGGGCCAAUUUUGUGCUUAUGUUGAUUAUGGUUCUUAACUAGUCAGCCAAUGCCAUUGCCUAGACAAAGGGACGAGUUUGGUAAGCUUGCUCUCAUACACUCUACGUCUACAGAUAGAGGAUUCCAAGAGCUGGAAGGGACUCAGGACAUCAUCUAGAAUGACCUCGCCCAACUCAUAACACAAGCAAGUGGGGUUAGGAUUGUAGUUACAGGCAAUUAGCUGUACCCAACCAUGCAGGAAGUAUUUUGCAUUUGCUCUUCUGGUAGAGAGAAAUUAUUUCAUUGUGUGUAUUGUUUAGUUAGUUAGAAGGAGUUGUUGUUGUUUCCCUGCCCUAGGCAGUUUUAUGAAGGGUAAGCUAAAAAUAUUUUAAAUAAAUAACAACCUGGGUGGGCUGCUGCCUGGCAAUGUUAAUGACAGCGAGCAGCACUUUUGGUACCAACAUCUACUGUUAUAGGCUAAGGUUGCUCAGAACGAGAAUGAGCUCCAAUCAUGAACAUCAUGUUUACACAGUAAAUGCUUAGAGAAUAACUCCAUAUGCUUUGCACAGUUGUAAUCCGUCCUCUGUGGCUGCCCAUUUUUUGUUUUACUUUUUUAAAACCCGGGACUGCUCUGUUUGUGUGGCAAAUGGACUUUCCAAAUCCAAUGUCAACAGCCAAAGGCUUGCUUAGGCUGCAGUGCUAUGCAUGUGUAACCUGUGAGCAAGUCCCACUGAUAUACAUAGGAUUGCACUCUUAAUGUUGGCUGAGCGGUGGUAUGGAAAAUCAGAGCUACACAUUAUUUCUUUGUCAGCAGGAGAUAUUGCAGUGGGGGGGUGACUGUCAGGAAAUUUCGAUGUGGGAAAGCAUUAAACCCUCCCACCUGUUCAGAUCUGGGUUGACCACCAGUGCAACUCAUUUUUCUAAAUAAAAAGAUGACAGUUCUAAGCGUGUUAAUUAGCCAUGCUUUUAAAGUACUGUAUCACGGUCUGGUUUUCAGGUGAGCCGUUUACAAAUUCUCUAUCCAAGUAGCUUAGCACUAUAACAAGCAGUGAGUGACUUUGACUGGCAGCCAAAGAGAAUGUCCACAGAAGGCUGGCAGGCGUUCCCUCUGUGAUGUUUCUGUUUUAUGAUCUGCCUCUGCCUUGCUUUUUUAAAACACACAACUAGCUGGGGUUGUGUUGCCACUUUGCAUGGAAAAAGGACCCCUCCUAUCUUGCGGAGGCAAGAGUUUCACGUGGUACACCUUAAGAAUGCAAAAGAAGUCCUUUUUCAAGUGCUCCCCUAUGAUGGUAAAUGUUAUUUUUGUUAACAGAAGGGGGAAUGACUUUGCACUGAAUUAAAUUAACUCUGCAAAGCAGCUGAACUGUUUGCUCUUCCUCCUCAUUCAGAGGGUGUGCACUCCUACAACUGCUCUAAACUUAGAUGUACUUUCCAAACAGAUACCACAGGUGGUUGGCUUCUGACAAGGGAAACUUGAGCAAUUGCUCGGGAAGAAUGGAUUGCACACUGCAGGAUGUGUGAGCCGGCUUCCUACACUCUGCCUGAUUUGGACAGAGGAGAUGCAUUCCAAUCAGACUCUCUCUGGGAGGCCUGUCAUUUAUUACAUGGGCAGCUCUGCUGGAAAAAAUAGCGCAGAACCCCACAGUGCUAACGGUGAUGCAGUCAUGAAUAAAACUGCGUACUGGUACAUCUAGUAAAAUAAUAACUGAUGAACAAGGGAGCACCUGGGAUUGAUUUCAUGACAUGUGGAAUCAGUAAACAUUGGGGGAAAAUAGCAACCCCUUUACUGCUUGCUGGACUGGUAAAAUUCACACAAUACCUAUCAUGAAUGUAAUGGCCAGAGCAACAAAUAACUGCAUUUCAUUUUCUAACUAGGAUGCUUAUAGCAGCAAGAACCGGUCUAAUAGUAAAUGCAUGGACCCUUCAAGUCCCAGCAGGGGAUCAGUGAAUAUAGACUAUCUGUUUACCCAUUUGCAUGGUGCUAGCUGCAGAAUUGCCUCCUAAAAGCAAAACCUGUUCACUGUACGGACAGGAUCUAUAUCCUGAGGGAUGAUCCAGCACGGAGGUGGAGAAAGCCAGUCUGGUUGCUGCACGGAGGAACUGGUAGGCAUGACCUGAAGUUUGUGUUGCAGCCACCUUGUGAAAGGAGAGCAGGUCUGGCUAUGGUCAGUGCCUAGAUGAGAGACCAUCUGAGAACCCAUGAAUGCUGCUUUGAGCUCUGUGAUAGAAGGAAGGCAGGAUAUUAAUGUGGUUAAAUACAAGGUGUGACCAGAAAGUUCAGUGAAUGGUCACAGAAAUCGGAUAGCGAGAAAUAUUCGAACAUACAAUUGGCAUCGGAAACCCAUGAAAUGCUCACAAAUGUGUACAGGGAUGAAGCUGUAACUCGAAAGACAGUGUAUGAGUGGUUUAAGUGUUUCUGUUAAGGGCGGCAAACCAUCAAAGAUGACCCUUGGUCUGGCAGACUGUCGACAAGCAGAAAGGUGGCAAAUUGGUAAUUGAGGUUACUGUUUUGUCCCGCCUUCCAUAGUCUCCCAAUCUGGCCCCACCAGAUUUCUUUCUUUUUCCAAAACUGAAAUCUGCACUGAAACGGCACAGAUUUUGCAACAUUUCACGUCCAAGGUGCUGUGAUGAGGGAACUGAAUGCAGUAUGAAAAGAGGACUUCUCCAGAUGUUUCCAACAGUUCUACAAACGUUGUCAAAGGUGCAGAGAGGGCCUACUUUGAAGGCCUGCAAGGUAUGUAUGUUUGAAUAUUUCUCGCUGUCCGAUUUCUGUGACCAUUCACUGAACUUUCCGGUCACACCUUGUAAAUAAUACUAGCUGCUGGCCACCUCAUCACUACUUGCAGGUGUGCCUUGCUUUAAAGAUUUGCCAGACUGAAGCUGGAUCUAUACUCUUUAAAAUGUUCUUGGAACACUGUUUUUGAUAUACAGUCAUACCUCAGGUUAAAUAUGCUUCAGGUUGAGCGCUUUUGGGUUGCGCUCCACGGUGACCCAGAAGUAACGGAACGCGUUACGCCGCCCGCGCAUGCGCAGAUGGUCAUUUGUUAAGAAACCAGAGGCCUUUCUUCUUGGAAUAAUAGGUUUGGAAUUGCCCAAAAAAGAUGUUAGAUUGUUUUUGUAUGCCACAACUGCAGGUCGAAUUUUAUUAGCCAAAAAUGGGAAAACACAAGAAAUACCAACAGUGGAGGAAUGACAGAUGGAGAUGAUGGACUUUUCAGAGCUAGCCGACCUGACCGGAAGAAUCCGUGACCAGAAGGAGGAGGAACAUCAGGAAGAAUGGAAGAAAUUCAAAGACUAUUUAUCUAAAUAUGCUAAGAUAAAUUAAAUAGAAACACUUGCAAAAUAACAGAUAGGCUAAGGAUUUAAAUAUGUGAAAUUACAAAAUAAUAUGUUUAAAGUUAAGAUGAAAAGAGACAAAGAUGUUAAGAAGUUAAUUUUAUGAGAAACUGUUUUGGAAAACCGUUACAAUGAUAUAUAAUGAAAUUCAGUUAAGGGAAUUUGAGGAAGUCAUUUAACUAUGAUAUUAAUAUUGGACUAAGUUUAGUUAUGAUUUGUGUUUGUUUGUUUGUUUGUUUGUUUGUUUGUUUAAAAAUGUGG